AUGUCAUCGAAAAAGAAUAAAAUCUCGGUUAUGUAUUAUGGUAAAAUUGUUAUCGCUACAUCUAAGUUAAGUCGGGGGUUUUGAGUUAUUUUAUUCUUUUUCGAUGAGAUUUUUACCGUCGUGGGUAAAAAUAGACUCGAUCAGCUGAUUGGAUUUGUAUGGAAAAAUGUAAUAUUUUUUUGAGAUUUCGACAUUGAUUCCAUAAAGAAACUUGUUAUGAAUGAGACACCGACUGACUUCCUAAAAUUUUGCUAUGGGAGAGACUAUGAAUCAACAGCUUGCCGAGCUUCUUGCAGAACCAUCUGGGGAGUUCGAUAAUUUCGUUCAAAUGUCAUGCACUGAUUUUGAAUACCUGCUACAAAAAAUUUCUCCGAUGGUUUCUAAGCAAGAUACUACUUGGAGGGAAGCUGUACCAACAAAAAUACGUCUUGCAUUGACAUUGAGAUUUUUAGCUACUGCAGAUGACUACAGAAGCUUACACUACCUAUUUAAAAUAUCAAGUUCACUUAUCUCACGCAUAAUAAUCGAUGUCUGUUUGGCACUGAAUGAUGUUUUGCAAGAUAUGAUUAACCUUUCCGCAUCGGCCGUCGAAUGGAUGUCCGUUUCAGAAGGAUUCAGCUACCCGCGUUGUUUGGGCGCUAUAGAUGGGAAGCAUAUCAAUAUACAAUCACCUUUACACUCGGGAACUGAAUACUUUAACUAUAAAGACCACUUUAGCAUUGUUUUACUAGCACUAGUAGAUAGUAAUUAUUGUUUUUUGUUUGCCGAUGUAGGUUCUCAAGGACGGAUUAGUGAUGGAGGAGUUUUCAAUCAAAAUAGUGCUUCAUCGAACUGA